AAUCUGAAAAAGCAAAAGGAGACGAAGACGGAAGAUGAGCAGCAGCAGGAAGAAGACAAGUGACCUAGAAGUCGAACAACUGCUAGAAGCUGCGCAAGACGAGUUGUUGCUCAAUCUUUCUGUUAAUUCCCACUCAUCCCGCAUCUCUCCCGAUUACCUCCAUCCCGAUCUCCUCCGUCGAUUCCAGGAACUCAAAUCACGACCGUCCCUUGCUCCUCCCCGCCCACCACGGACUCAGCACUCUUCUUCGACGAAUAGAGGUGACGUCGCAGCCGUUGAUGAUGAUGAUCUCUCUGCUAGAUUUGCCGCACUCAAGGCAUCCUUACCUUCUUCUUCCCAAUCUGUUCCCGUGGAUCCCAGGGCAUCCUUAAUGGACGGCCGAGUUCCAGGAAACGACCAUGAAGAUGAGGAUGAUGAAGUUGAGAAGCUGAUUAAGUGGGCUAUGGACGCAGCUCGUCUCGACCCUUCCCCGCCGUCCGACGACGACAAUAAUCAUGAAGGCAUCUUCUCCGACGAGGACGAUGACGAUAGCGACUGCGAUAAUCAUGAUCGUAAGACCAAACGCCGCCACGAAUAGUAUGUUUAUAUUGACAUUUCGUCUCACAAUCUGCUUUAUUUGUAACUAUCAAUUGUAAAUUACAAAUAUGAUUGUUAUGUUUAAUCAUCAUUUCACCUCGAUUCUCAAGAUUGUGUGUGCCUGCGGUCAUUUAAGCUUGUUUGUUAAAUAAAAACCAUGGCUUUUACCAAGCUGAUCAGCUACGAAAUCGAAACUAGACCUUCCUCCGAUGGAAAA